AUGGACAGAAUUUUAGGUGGUAUAUACGUAGGUUCAGUUCAACCAAUUAUUGAUCAUACACCACUAAAGUCUCAAUACAACAUCACACAUGUAUUAUCGAUAAUAAAAUUUAAAGUUUUACCAGAAUACCUGGUACGGAAAAGUUACGCUUUGAAAAACGUUCCAAUAGAUGAUUCUGAUACUGUAGAUAUUUUACAAUACAUAAACGAAUGCAAUAGAUUUAUAGAUCAAUGUUUGUAUCCAAACGAGCCUGAAUAUGAUCCGAGAAAAGUCAAUUUCAAGAAGAUCCCACAAAGUGGUAAUGCUGUUUUCAUUCAUUGCCAUGCCGGUAUGUCAAGAUCCGUAACUUUUGCUGUAUCUUAUUUGAUGUAUAGAUUUGGAUUGAGCUUAACCACCGCUUUACAUGCCGUUAAACGGAAGAGACCUCAAGCCCAACCAAAUGAUAAUUUUAUGGACCAAUUAGGAAUAUUUGAAAAAAUGGGUGGCCAAUACGUAGAUGAUAAUCACAUACUCUAUAAACAAUGGAAAUUAAAGAAUGCUGUUAAAAUUAAUCCAGAUUCAACUGAGAUAUUAACAACUAAUGAUGAAUUGUUUACCAAUAAUGAGAAUUGUAUUGUUACGCCUAAUAAUAUGCAAGAAGAUAUGAGCUUGAUAAGGUGUAAAAAAUGUAGGCAAAGAUUAGCAUUGUCAUCUUCAUUUAUAAAACAUGAGCCUCCAAGCGAAGAGUCUUCUGAAAGUCACUUUAUCAGAAGAGCAGCUGGUUCCCGAAGAGUUGUUGACAUCGAAAAGUCACAAGAUCAAUGUUCACACUAUUUUGUUGAGCCAUUGAAUUGGAUGAAAGAGGAAUUACAAGGUAAACAACAAUUAGAAGGAAAAUUUAAUUGUCCUAAUUGUGAAAGUAAAAUUGGUGGGUAUAAUUGGAAAGGUUCAAGAUGCAGUUGCGGAAAAUGGAUGGUUCCUGCUAUUCAUUUAUUAGCUGCAAAAGUUGAUAAAGUACCUGCAAAGGGUAAAAUUUUAACCAAUGCUGUUAAUUUUACUGGAGAAACUAAGAAUGCCAAUGUUUAA